AUGCCGCCUAUACAACCCCACAGUCCUCCAGAGGCCAGAGAUCUCAAUAAACCGGAUGUCUACUACUGUGGAUGCAUGGCCUGUCUUAACAAGGGCAAGUCUUGGCGCUCUCGGACAAUUUGGUAUGAGCACAAACAAGAUCGCGAGGCUCAGCAGGCAGUAGGCCAGAUAUCUGCUCGGAACCUAUUGCAUAGAAUUCCCACUAGGACUUGGACACAUUGGAAGCACGCUUGGCUCCAUGAAGAUGGACUUAUGGCAGAUAUGGGGCAGAUGCAUCCAAGACAUCAAGCUGGAACAGUUGAGAAUGGGAAUCCUAUCGAUCCUGACCAGCUAGAUGAGAAUGCUGCCCCGCUUCCCGUGCUAGAUGACAGAGACCAGUUGCAGCAGGCCAUCCAGGAUCUUGAAGAUUUGAUUGAGAAUUUGGAUAUUGAAGACCCUGGAGACAUUGGUGGCAUUGAAGGUGGCAGAGGGAUCCAGGCGCUGGAGGACUUGGUGGAAGAGGAGAGGCAGCCCGACAUUAAGGGUAACAACGCAGAAACAUCCCGCAUACCAUCUGUAAACACUGCACUCAAAUUCAUCAAUGCAUUGAAAUCAGCAUGUCUCGAGGAUGACAAACUUGACUCAGGAGUACUUGAGCGACUUUGUCAUCCUCUUGAGGAGGUCACUGAGCUUGAUGAUCCAGACAUUCGUCUUUCUAUUGAUCUCUUUCUCACCAACAGAGAUGGAUCUGAGAAAAUUUACAACAAGUCUCGUGCUGCUUGCCUUUGA